UGCAUUAUUGGGAGGGAGAGAUCUUAUCUGUGGGUGGGAAGAGGGAGAAGAAAAGGAAGACCGACGAACGCGUUCUCUCUGGACUGCACCUCCAUUCAACUCUCCGUCAGCUGUCCUUUUUGGCCUUCACCCACUUCCCUCCCUUCUUCUUCUUAUCUUUAUUUUUAUUUAUAUGAAUCAAAAUCACUGUGUUCCAGAUUUCCAAACUCAAAUGGACGAAGAACAGGAUCAGUUCCCGAUUCUCAUGCCUUCAGGGUUACCUCACCAAAACAAACCCUCCAUUGCAGAAGAAGACAUCAUCGAGCUGCUAUGGCAAAACGGUCAGGUUGUCAUGCAGAGCCAGAACCACCGUCCUCUCAGAAAAACGCCGACGCAGAGAAAUUCCAACCACGCCACUCUCGCCGGUCCAUCCACGCCGAGGGAGGUUCCACCGCUGGUCCACAACUACAAUCAACAUCUCUUCAUGCAAGAAGGAGAAAUGGCUUCCUGGCUUCACUAUCCAAUCGACGAUCAUGAUUCUCCCUUGGAUCAAAGCUUCUGCGCCGAUUUCCUCUGCCCGCCGCCCACCGUUAAUCACAACAGUGUCAUGCAAAAUCUUGCCCGUACAUCUCAGCCGACGGAGCUCCGGAAGACGCCGGCGUCGAUGGCUUCUCGACCUCCGAUUCCGCCGCCUAGGAGGACGGAAGAGGCGCCGCCCAAGACGCCGAACUUCGCGUACUUCUCGAGGCACAAUGCUAGAGCCGAGCCGGGGCCGUCGUCGACUUCGAAGACCGCCGCGAGGGAGUCCACGGUGGUGGAUUCGUGCGACACGCCUGCCGCCACGGCGGAAGUGGCGGCGGCUUCGAGAGUUUCGGAGACUGUGAGAAGCUCGGCAGAGCCGACGGAAGAACCCAGCGGUGCAGCGGCGCCUUCGACGACGAGUGCCGGCGGAGCAAGGAGCACGAUGAUGUGCGAUUUGACGAUGACGUCAUCGCUGGGCGGCUCGAGUAGCAGCGGCGAACCGGUUCAGAUGGCGGCGGCGCAGGAGCGGAAGCGGAAGCGGAAGGGUCGGGAGACAGAGGAAUGGGAGUGUCAGAGCGAGGAUGUUGAUUUUGAAUCAGAAGCAAAGAAACAAACUCGUGGAUCAACAUUUGCAAAGAGAUCACGUGCUGCCGAGGUCCAUAAUCUCUCAGAGAGGAGGCGUCGUGAUCGGAUUAAUGAAAAGAUGAGAGCUCUGCAAGAACUUAUACCUCGUUGUAAUAAGUCUGACAAAGCUUCAAUGCUGGAUGAAGCUAUUGAAUACUUGAAGUCAUUGCAGUUACAAGUGCAGAUGAUGUCCAUGGGAUGUGGCAUGGUACCUAUGAUGUUUCCUGGAAUCCAGCAGUAUAUGCCAGCAAUUGGAAUGGGUAUUGGCAUGGAAAUGGGAAUGAACAGACCAGUAAUGCCAUUUCCCAAUAUGUUACCUGGUUCGGCUUUGUCAGCAGCAACUGCAGCUGCUCAUUUGGGACCAAGGUUUGCUAUGCCUCCUUUCCACAUGCCACAUGUUCCUGCACCUGAUUCAUCUAGAAUGCAAGCAGCAAAUCACUCAGCUGAUAUCAAUAUGGCCACCUCUGCGGGUCCACCUGAACCAAAUCAGUCACGUAUCCCGAACUUCACUGAUCCUUAUCAAUACCUUGGUCCCCAACAGACGCAGUUUCAAUUAAUUCAGAAUCAAGCAGUGAAUCAACCAAAUGUUAGCAGGCCAAGCGCCAGUAGGGGCCCUGAGAAUCCAGAAAACCAUUAGUCAGGUGAAUUACCUUAUCCUAGUGUUCUACAAUAUUCGAUUAGUUAAUUUGGGCGGAAAGAAAAGGAUUGUUUCUUAUGCAGUCUGGGUCUUAACGAUUUUGUUUUGUGCUGUGUUCUUGUGUCAUAUAAGCUUCUGGAGCACAUUAAUUUCCACAUUUGGUUGUUUACCGUGUCAAAGAAGUAUGCUAUUUAUUUUUCAGAACCAACUGGAGUGUGCAAUUUUUCGGUUGUCCUUUUGAUAUUAUCACCAAUAAUUUCUGCUUGCUACGCAUAAAAAUUCUACUGAUUAUUUCUGGAUAUUAUAAAGUAUAUUGCUACUUCUAAAUAUUUCAAAUUUCUUCUAUGACAUUCAGGAGAGAAUUGAUUGUUUGAUAGUUACAAUCAAGGGCUGACUAUUCAAUUGGUGCGGCAUAUAAUUGUAUAGCUUUUACCAAAUGGCAGUGUGCAUUGUAAGUCCCGAAUACAUGAUAUUUCUGAAAACAAGGAUAACCAUCAUUAACAACUGUGUGCAUUGCAGGUUAGAUUUUCAGGCACCUAUACUACGGCUACCAAAUUUUGUAGUGUAAAAGAGAUAAAAAGAACUGUUUAGCAGUUCUCAGUAGCAAGCUAAUCUAUACACGGCAACAUGUAAAUUAUUAUAGCUAAGUUUUCUUAUUCUUUUUCUUUUAUCAUAUAUUCGUUCCCAUCUUAAAUUUUCGCUGUUCCGAGAGAUUCUUUGAUAUGGGAGGAGGAAAUGAAUAGAUGGUACAACAGAUGAACGUCCAUUCUACGCCAAACAUGGAGGCCACUUUCUUGCAAUAGAUGAACGUGUAGUCCUCCUCCUGAUUCACAUUCUUGUUCUGUUCGCAUGUACUAUCAAUUUUCUCCUACUGGGCGUUAAAGCAGCCUAUGGACGCUACUGAUUAGGAGUGAAAAUGAAGCAGUUCUUGAUCUACAUCACCCAGAUGGCUCUAUUGUUACGGUAUGUUUUAGUCCACUAAAAUAGGGAAAUUUAAAUAAAAUUUUAAAAUUAAAGUACCGUUACUCACAAAAUAUGUAAUUAGAGUGAGGGAUUAAGAGCUUACCAUUUAGUUAAAUUAAAAGUUAGUAGCAAUUUGUGUUUCUCUUUUGGUGAAUAGCAUUGCUUCGUGCUUAUGUGUAGACAUGACAAAAACACAUCAGUAGGCUGCUGGGCUGUAAAGAACUUGCAAAUCUUGCUGCAAAAUUUAAAAUAUGAGCAGAUAUUCC